CGUUUAGGCUUGAGUACUGUGUGAGAGAUAAACACAUUUGAUUUGAUACCCUAAACCCUAAAUUCAAUCUCGAAAAACCCUUUCACCUUUGCUGAACCCAUUGCAGACUCAAACAGAGAACCAGAAUGGGAAGAUCUCGAAGAAAAUACAAGCAAUCUCGAACAAAGGUACGUGUUGGUCUUCCAAAGAAGAACCCUAAACUUCACAAACCCGCUUUCACCAUUCCUCCAAAACUCUUACAAUCCCUUACGGAGGAUCCUAAUUGGGACGACCAAGGCACCGUCACUAAAAACUAUUCCUCAUUCGGCGUCGUCUCAGACCCUAACUCCCUCACUGAUUCACUUCAAGCUCCGUCUGUUUCCGAUGACCUCAAUGAUCCCGGAAGCGAUCUCGAAGAAGACGAUUUGAAAUCGGCAUUGGGAAAGAGGCGUAGAGAUGGUAAAUGUUCGCUUCCUCAACCUUUGACUUCAAUUCAACGUCUUCAUAUUAGUCGGCUAGUGGAGAAAUAUGGAGCUGAUUUUCAGAGGAUGAUGAUGGAUAUAAAGCUAAAUCCUAUGCAGCAUUCGGUUGCAACGUUAGAGAAAUUGUGUAUGAGCUAUUACAUACAUAAAGAUAAGAAUCCGCUCAUUGUUGGCAAAUGAAAUGUGUUGCCUAUGAGCAAGUGCGGUGCUAUCCUAGAUUACAAAUUUGGUGCGGUUGUGCGUUGUAAUGGUUGAUCUAUGGCUAGCUUUCUCUUGUUAUUUGGGUUCAUAUGGAUAAAAUUUUGUUGCGAUGAGUUGUGUUUUAACACAUCGGAUGUUACUCAUGUAAUAUGAAUGUCAUUAUAAAAUUUGUUGUUGCUUUUGAA